UCUACAGGGGCCAUUUAUAAAUUGUGCUUGGCAAUACUAUUCAUAACAAGUAACAGAAAUUUAAAAAAUGAAUGCAUUUUCAAUUUUUUAUCUUAGAAAGAUCUGUUAUUUAAAACUUUAUGGAUAUAUACUCGUUUAAGAGAUUAAAGUUUUAUAAAAUAAACUAACACUUUUUUUCUAAGAACCCGAGUUAAUUGUCAACGUUUUACACGCGACCGGGUGUCCAAAUAAACAUUACUCACCAUGCAAUUAUUGACACUACUCAGCUCCGGGAAACACAGCUGCCUGCUGCACAUGACCUGGCUUUUAAAUCAGACCUGACUGAGAGAGGAAAAUGGCCAGGUUUUCAACACCCACCUGCUAAUUUCCUCUAUCGGCUCUUUGCCGACUUGUGAAAAUCGAGGCGAGGAAAUAAGAACAAUUGCAAGUGCUAAUCACGGCAGGCAAAUACAGUUUCCCCAUAAUGUAUAAAUGGCAAAGCCGAGCAAAUUGAAGGCACACUUGAUAACCUGCAGUCUAAGUUUAAACACCUAUAGUUUGAUAACAAAUAAUCCCCACAAAAUGCAGUUGAAACCGUUUACCUUCCAAAUUGUUACCUGCUUUGCUGUGAUUGGUUUGGCGUUAGCUUAUCCGAAAGACAGACUUACCUUCGCGGAAGAAACGGAAAAAGGCAGUGCACUUAGUGACAGUGAUACUAUAUCUCUGAGAUCCAGUGAGGCUCUGGAAAAUCUAUAUGUCUACGAAAGAAGCCUGAGCCGAUUUAGAAGAGCUCUAGAAGAGUUGGCUUACGACGAGGCGGCGGAUGAUAUGGAGCUAGCGGAGAUUAACGUGUUCCGCCCACUUUUCCGGUACCGUUCUCAGGUGGUGAAGGCCAAAAAUCCACAGCAGCAAUUUGGUUAAAAUUAAAAUUGUAUAAAAUAGAUAUAAGCCAUCGAUACCACCACAUUCCUCAAGAAAUUCAUUUAGAUUUAAGAGAAUAAAAGAACUCAUUAUUUAUAUUGUUAAA